CCAACCCUUUGUUACUUACACACUGCCCCCUGCACAACACAGCCCGCACCGGCAACCCCUCCCCACCCACCCCAGAAUGUCAGCAGAAUCAAAAGAAACCAUCCCACCACCCGAGCCCUCCCCCACCACUCCGCCCGCCGCCGCCGCCGCACCCUCCUCCUCCUCCUCGAAAAAGUCCAAAAGCAAAGAUGCAAAGAAGGGCGCGAAAGAUCUCGCGAAAGCAGAGGCGAAGGAGUUGAAGGAGGCCAAGAAGGAGGAGAAGGCGGAGAAGAAGGAGGAGAAGGAGCAGGAGCAGCGGUUGGAGGAGGUGUUGCGGAAGGUUUGUUGUUGAAACUUUCAUUCCGUGAUGGGUUGUUGUUCGAGAACCCACCCCCGCUGAACGACUACUAUAUACCUCUUCUUUUUUUUGGUAGUUGGCGAAGAUCGACCUGCUUCAGAAUCUGGCGAACGAUCCGAAGUUUAAGAAGAAGGCGAAGGAUACGAUGGAGAGUUAUCGGUUUUGGAAGACGCAGCCUGUGACUCGUGUUGACGAGACGGUAGAAACCGAAGGCCCCAUCGAACCCAACCGCCCCGCCAGCGAGAUCCGACAAGAGCCGUACCCCCUCCCCAAAGAUUUCGAAUGGGCGAUCGUGAACGUCGAGGACCCCGUGCAGCUGAAGGAGCUGUACGAGCUGCUCUCGCUGAACUAUGUGGAGGAUGAUGACGCGAUGUUUCGGUUUGAUUAUUCGGCGGAGUUUUUGAAUUGGGCGCUGAAAUCCCCCGGCUGGAAACGCGAAUGGCACAUCGGCGUCCGUGUCGCUUCCAACAAGAAACUUGUCGCGUUCAUCAGCGGGAUCCCCGCGCAUCUGCGGGUCAACACAGCCGCCCAGACACUCGUAGAAAUCAACUUCCUCUGCGUACACAAGAAGCUGCGCUCGAAACGCCUGGCUCCUGUCUUGAUCAAGGAGGUCACGCGGAGGGUUAACCUGGAGGGUAUUUUCCAGGCGGCGUAUACUGCGGGCGUUUAUUUGCCGACGCCUGUUGGGACGGCCAGGUAUUACCACCGCUCACUCAACCCCAAAAAGCUGGUCGAGACCGGGUUCUCCCACAUCGGACGCAACAUGACCAUGGCGCGGACUAUCCGGCUGUACAAGCUGCCAACGGAAACAACAACACCAGGCCUCCGACCCAUGCAACCCACCGACGUCCCGCAAGUCACCGCCCUCCUCAACAGCUACAUGCAGAAGUUCCCGAUGGCGCCAUCGUUCAGCGAGGAUGAAGUCAGGCAUUGGUUGCUACCUGUGCCUACCGUUGUAUUCAGCUACGUCGCUGUGGACCCGACAACAACGAAGAUCACAGACUUCUUCUCCUUCUACUCCCUCCCGUCCAGCGUGAUCGGCCACCCCGUGCACAAACACAUCAACGCCGCUUACCUGUUCUACUAUGCGCCGAAGGGGCUGGGUGCGGAUGAGGAGCGGACGAGGGGGUUGAUAAACGAUGCGUUGGUUUUGGCUGCUAAGGAAAACUUCGACGUCUUCAACUGCCUCAACCUGAUGCACAACCAGAGCUUUGUCGACACGUUGAAGUUUGGGAAGGGGGAUGGGAACCUGCAUUAUUACCUGUACAAUUACCGGUGCAAGGAGCUGAAGCCGGAGGAUGUUGCGUUGGUUUUGCUUUAGAGAGAGGGAUCAGGAGCGGCCGUGCGGGACGAAAAUAACCGGGG